CUCCUCACCUCCCCGCGCGGCACCCCCUUCGAGCGCGCCGUGUGGUCUCUCACCUACCAGAUCCCCGCGGGCUCCUUCAGCACCUACGCGCUGCUGGCCGCCCACCUCCGGUCCUCGCCGCGCGCCGUGGGCAACGCCCUGCGGCGGAACCCCUUUGCGCCCGAGAUCCCCUGCCACCGCGUCGUCGCAACGGGCGGCGGCCUGGGCGGGUUCAAAGGCAAGAUUGCGCGGCGCGACGGCGAGGGCAUCACGCUGGCCGAGAAGCGGGCGCUGCUGCGGCGCGAGGGCGUGCGGUUCGACGCGGACGGCGCCAGGGUGCUCGGCACGCCGUUUGCGGGGUUCGUCUGA